CUCCCACGUUGCUAUGACGAUGAGGCUGGCGGGCACACAGCCUUCAGAGCUAAGUGCUGGCUAAAGCAGGUGUCAGGUUGCAAAGAGCUAGGUGGCUGCGGGAUUACUUAGAGCCCCAGGAGUGUCUCUGGAAAGUCUGGCUACUACUCUACUGCAUCCCUCUCGGACAUCUCCUUAAUUCCACCGGAACACGCAGAGUGAAAAUGGUCCACCACUCAGGCUCCAUUCAGUCCUUUAAACAGCAAAAAGGUAUGAAUGUAAGCAAAAGUGAGAUAACAACAGAAGCUUCAUUGAAACCAUCUCGGAGAUCCCUACCUUGCCUGGCCCAUAGCUAUGCUCAUUCAAAAAGCUUGAGCCAAUCUGCUUCUCUGUUCCAGUCAACUGAGAGUGAAUCUCAGGCUCCAACUUCUGUAACAUUUCUUUCUGCUGAUAAACCUGAGCAUGUUAAUUUUGAGGAAAAUAAAAAUGACUCUACCCUCAAAUGUUCCUUUGCUGACUUCAGUGACUUUUGUUUGGCUCUGGGUAAAGAUAAGGAUUACAUGGAUGAAUCUGAACAUGCCAACUACGAUCGAUCUCGUCUCCUUAAUGACUUUGCUAUCAAGGAUAAGCCUGAAUCCAAGACAAAAUCAUCUAAGAAUGACAUGAAUUACAUAGCAUCCAGUGGACUCUUAUUUAAAGAUGGCAAAAAGCGAAUUGAUUAUAUCCUGGUUUAUCGGAAGACAAAUAUACAAUAUGACAAAAGAAAUACAUUUGAAAAGAACCUGAGAGCAGAAGGCUUGAUGUUGGAGAAGGAGCCAGCUGUUGCAAACCCUGAUAUCAUGUUUAUCAAAAUUCAUAUUCCAUGGGACACACUGUGCAAGUAUGCAGAGAGAUUGAACAUCAGGGUGCCUUUCAGGAAAAAAUGUUACUACACUGACCAGAAGAACAAAUCAAUGAGCAGGGUGCAAAACUAUUUCAAAAGAAUCAAAAAGUGGGUGUCCCAAAACCCAAUGGUUCUAGACAAGUCAGCGUUCCCAGAGUUGGAGGAGUCGGACUGCUACACCGGCCCUUUCAGCAGAGCACGGAUUCACCACUUCAUAAUAAACAAUAAGGACACCUUCUUCAGCAAUGCUACUCGAAGCAGAAUAGUUUAUCACAUGCUGGAACGCACCAAAUAUGAAAAUGGAAUAUCAAAAGUGGGUAUUCGCAAGCUUAUAAAUAAUGGUUCCUACAUAGCAGCUUUCCCUCCACAUGAGGGAGCCUAUAAGAGUAGCCUGCCCAUCAAAACCCAUGGACCUCAGAAUAACAGGCAUCUGUUGUAUGAGCGCUGGGCACGCUGGGGAAUGUGGUACAAGCAUCAGCCUCUGGACUUAAUCAGGCUAUACUUUGGUGAGAAGAUUGGUUUAUACUUUGCCUGGCUGGGAUGGUAUACUGGAAUGCUGAUUCCUGCCGCAGUUGUUGGCCUGUGUGUUUUCUUCUACGGAUUAGUUACAAUGAAUGAAAGUCAAGUAAGCCAAGAAAUUUGUAAAGCCACUGAAGUCUUCAUGUGCCCUCUGUGUGACAAGAAUUGUUCAUUGCAGAGACUCAAUGACAGCUGCAUCUAUGCCAAGGUAACAUACUUGUUUGAUAACGGAGGGACAGUCUUCUUUGCUAUUUUUAUGGCAAUAUGGGCCACAGUCUUCCUUGAGUUUUGGAAAAGAAGAAGAAGUAUACUGACCUACGCUUGGGACCUUAUUGAAUGGGAAGAAGAGGAGGAAACACUUCGCCCCCAAUUUGAAGCAAAAUAUUACAGGAUGGAGGUGAUAAACCCCAUCACAGGAAAACCUGAGCCUCAUCAACCUUCAUCUGACAAAGUCACACGUCUUCUUGUAUCUGUCUCAGGAAUCUUCUUCAUGAUCUCCUUGGUCAUCACAGCAGUGUUUGCAGUUGUAGUAUACCGCCUGGUUGUCAUGGAACAGUUUGCAUCAUUCAAGUGGAAUUUCAUCAAACAGCACUGGCAGUUUGCUACAUCGGCUGCUGCUGUCUGUAUCAAUUUCAUAAUCAUCAUGCUGCUGAAUCUUGCUUAUGAAAAAAUUGCGUACCUCCUCACUAACUUAGAAUAUCCUCGAACAGAAUCAGAAUGGGAAAACAGCUUUGCCUUGAAGAUGUUCCUUUUCCAAUUUGUCAAUCUGAACAGUUCUAUCUUCUAUAUUGCAUUUUUUUUGGGAAGAUUCGUAGGCCACCCAGGAAAAUACAAUAAACUCUUUGAGCGAUGGAGACUGGAGGAAUGUCAUCCUAGUGGCUGCCUGAUAGACCUCUGCCUCCAGAUGGGAGUCAUCAUGUUUUUGAAGCAAAUAUGGAACAACUUCAUGGAGCUGGGAUAUCCGUUAAUCCAAAACUGGUGGUCACGACAUAAAAUCAAGAGAGGAAUACAAGAUGCUUCCAUACCACAAUGGGAAAAUGACUGGAAUCUUCAGCCCAUGAACAUUCACGGACUAAUGGACGAGUACUUAGAAAUGGUUUUGCAAUUUGGUUUUACCACCAUCUUUGUUGCUGCUUUUCCUCUGGCCCCUCUUUUGGCUUUGUUAAACAAUAUCAUUGAAAUCAGAUUGGAUGCAUAUAAAUUUGUAACCCAGUGGAGGAGGCCUCUGCCAGCCCGAGCAACUGACAUUGGUAUCUGGCUUGGAAUUCUCGAGGGAAUUGGCAUAUUGGCUGUGAUCACCAAUGCUUUUGUAAUCGCUAUUACAUCUGACUAUAUCCCACGUUUUGUCUACGAAUACAAAUAUGGCCCUUGUGCAAACCAUGUAAAGCAUAAUGAGAAUUGCCUCAAGGGAUACGUCAACAACAGCUUAUCCUUCUUUAACCUGAGUGAGCUUGGUAUGGGAAAAUCUGGCUACUGCAGGUACCGAGACUAUAGAGGCCCACCUUGGAGUUCCAAGCCCUAUGAGUUCACAUUACAGUACUGGCACAUCUUGGCUGCUCGAUUGGCCUUCAUUAUUGUGUUUGAGCACCUCGUUUUUGGGAUUAAGUCAUUCAUUGCAUACCUGAUUCCAGAUAUACCAAAGGGCCUCCGUGAGCGUAUACGGCGAGAGAAAUACUUAGUCCAAGAAAUGAUGUAUGAGGCUGAGCUGGAACAUUUACAGCAACAGCGCAGAAAAAGUGGUCAGCCUAUUCACCAUGAAUGGCCUUAGGCAGUACCUGUUACCCAAAAGGGGAGGUAACAUUAAUAUGAAGGAAUGUGACCCUUGAAAUGUAGAUGGCAUCCAUGAGGAAGACAUAUUUGG